AUGGCUGACGAAGACGUCAAAAACAUUGCUACGAAUGGAGCUACUGAGCAACUAGAAAAUGGCCAAAACCCAGCUCAAACUGAAGCUGAGGACGUCGAUAUGAUGGCUGAAGCCAUCAGCCAAGAUGAAGAAGAGGAAGAAGCUGACAAAGAAAAGAUAAGACUACUCUCUAGUGCUACUUCGGAAGACGGGAAAUGUGCCUCAUUUCAAAUCGCAGAGGAAGACCACACAUUGGGCAAUGCUCUGCGUUACAUCAUUAUGAAAAACCCAGACGUCGAAUUUUGUGGGUACUCGAUACCUCAUCCUAGUGAAAAUCUACUAAAUAUCAGAAUACAAACGUAUGGCGACUCUACAGCGGUGGAGGUUUUGCACAAAGGGUUGCAAGAUCUCAUGGACCUAUGUGACGCUGUCGAGGACAAGUUCACUCAGCGAAUUCGUGAAAUGUAA